AUGGUUGCACGUCUCCCAUCAGUCUGAGCUGUUGACUUGGACCAAACAAUCGCUAUCACUGUGCUUAGAACCUCUGUCUGUUUCGAAGAUAAAUAGUGUGUGGCCGUGUUGAAAACAUUUCGUGUUGUUCGCAAAGUAGUGGGAAAUAAAUAUAGGUUAGGGUUGUUUUGAUUCUUUGUUCAAAUCUACCAACCAUGGAUCGGAAUCGAGAGGGUAAAGUCGGGAUGGUAUGUGAAAUGGUGAACUUGAAUCAAAAGCCGCUGAAACAUUUGAAUAGAAUUGCUAAAAAACCGCCAGUCGAUAUAGAGUUUCAAGAUCUCUGUUACUCAGUAGCAGAUUCAAAAGUCAAAGGGGGAUGGAGGCAAUUACUGAAGUCAAUUAGUGGAAAGUUUCAAUCCGGAGAACUCACUGCCAUAAUGGGUCCAUCUGGAGCUGGAAAGUCAACCUUAUUGAACAUUUUGGCAGCAUACGUAACUGCAGGUGUGAAAGGGAGUAUCAAAAUCAACGGCAAACCGAGACAAAUGAAACUUUUCAACAAAUUGUCCUCUUAUAUAAUGCAAGAAGAUUUAGUUCAACCUAGAUUGAGUGUGAGGGAGUCUAUGGUGAUAGCAGCGGAGCUAAAGUUGGGAUCUACAAUAGGACAUCAAGAGAAACUUGCUGUGGUGGACGAAGUUAUUGAAAUACUUGGUCUAGAAAAAUGUUAUGACACUAGAACAGAACAUUUAUCUGGAGGUCAAAGGAGAAGACUCGCAGUUGCCUUGGAGCUAGUCAAUAAUCCUCCGGUAAUUUUUCUGGAUGAACCUACCACGGGUUUGGAUAAUGUGGCGAUCAAACAAUGCAUUGGAUUUUUACAUAAAAUAACCAAGCUGGGUAGAACGGUAAUAUGCACAAUUCAUCAACCACCAUCUUCGUUAUUCCAGAAUUUUGAUCAGGUUUAUGUAAUGGCAGAUGGUUAUUGUGUUUUCAACGGAUCUCCAUCCAAAUUAGUACCAUUCAUGUCAUCUGCCAACUUCAUUUGCCCGCCCACAUCUACACCUGCAGACUACAUAAUAGAACUGGUUCAAUCGAAUUCUGAAAAUGUAACUGUACUCCAAAAUCGAAUCCAAAAUGGAAAAUCUAAUGUGAAAGACGAUAUCGAGAAAACAUUUAUCGAUACAAACUGUUAUGACAUAUCCGAAAUAUACCAAGACACAACGGAAGCAAAAACAUCCAGUGAUAACGUAGAGUUUCCUACGUCAUUUUGGACUCAAUUUCAAAUUCUGCUCUACAGAAUGUUCACCCAACAGAGGAGGAACAAAACAAUGCUCUACAUUCAAUUCUUUCACCACCUUGUCUCCGGGAUAUUGCUGGGAGGAAUUUUCAUUGGUACAGGAAACAAGGCUAGUCAAACGAUGUCUGUGUUCAAAUACAUCCUUAGUACUAACGUAUUUUAUAUGUACACCUAUGUUAUGUCGCCAGUAUUAUUAUUUCCUUUAGAAGUCAGUUUGCUAAAACGAGAGUAUUUCAAUAGAUGGUUUGGUCUCAAGGCAUAUUUUUGUGCAGUCACCUUGGUUAAUAUUCCAAUAUUGAUAGUCAAUGUUUUGCUAUUCAACAGUAUAUCAUAUUUAAUGGCGGACCAUCCAUGGGAACUUCAAAGAUUUAUGUGGUUCAAUUUGUUAGCGUUGGCAAUAGCUCUGUGUUCCCAAGGACUUGGGUAUGCCAUUGGUGGUGCUUUUGAAAUAUUGUCAGGAUCAGUAGUAGCCCCCCACAUCUUGGCCGUGCUCCUCGCACUGUCAGUUUAUGGAAUGGGCUACAAGGAUGAUGUAGAGUACUUUAUGAAAGUUCUCAUGUCCAUGAGUUACCUGAGAUACGGAGUUGUAGGCAUCACAGCGUCCUUCUUCAACGAACGGGAGCCUCUAGAGUGCGACGAGCUUUACUGUCACUAUCGAGAUCCUAAAAUACUGAUGGCUGACAUGGGUAUGGCGAAUUCGAAAGUAGAGAACCAGCUUUUCUUCACCCUCAUUAUGAUGAUUAUAUUCAGGGUGAUCGCUUAUGUGGCGCUCAAAUACAGGAUGACGUCGGAACUAAGAAACAGAAUCGUUCACAUUGCUGUCAAAGUUAUCAAGCAGAACGAAACUUGAUGUGUUGUGUGUAAUGAGUAUUGUAUACGGGUAAAAUGGCAAACAAGGACCGCUAGGUCUACGCUGAGUUAGCUAAAUUUUUGCACUCGGAAUUGCCAGAAAACAGUUGCUAGAACAUAUUAAAAUCUGCUUAUUCGAAGACAUUCUGUUUAUAUAAAUGGUGCUACAUGGGCACGGUGUUAAAUUAUCAAAAUAAACCUAUUUAUUACUUG